UUUCAAAACCUAACUUAUGGGCUUGCUCUUAUGAAUGUCUCUCUCUCUCUCUCUCUCUCUCUCUCUCUCUCUAUCUAUCUAUCUCACCCCCUCCCAUCAAGAAAAAUUUGGAUGCUAACCUAGCUUACCUUGCUUGCUUAAAGUCUGAUCUUUCUUCUUCUUCUUCUUCUUCUCCAAAGCUCAAUUCUCAUGCAUGCCAACCAAGUUUGGUCAUGUUUAUAGGUGAACUUGGGAACAGGCCAAACCCAAAUGAGUCUAGCCCCUCCACUUGAAGAUCAUGCAUUUGAGCAGAGAUUCCAUUCUUAUAUAUUAUUCUUCAAAAGAGAGCAAUAUUCAAACUCUGCUCUCUCCUCUACAUAAUAAAGAUGGUGAAGGUCUCUGUAAGCGUGGGAAGUUACUGCAGCUAAUUUAAUUUUGUUCAUCAUCAGCUUUGCAGUGCACCGUGGAACUCUCGAUGUCCACCUACACGCAUAUAUGUGUAUGAUAUGAUACGUUAUGGACCUUGCACGCGUACUCUCAUGGAUUUGGGUACUAUCUCGGCCCUAAAAGGAUUACAUAUCCCAUCCAAAUUCAUUCCAACCAGUACGAUGACCACCACGGAAGCAUACGAUCCGUGCUUCGAACCCCCAUUCGAACUAAUCAUCAGCACGCUCUUGCAAAAUCACUCCCCGGAAAUCGACAACAAUCACAAACUAUCACCCACAAAUCAGACGCUCAUGUACGAAAAGCAGGAUUAUAACUGUAAAUUCACCGUCCUGCCUCUGGUCGACAUUAGCCACCUUGGCCUUGAGGAGGGCCAUCCCAUGAGGGAGGAGUGCGAGAGGGAAAUCGCGUGGGCAGCCAAGGACUGGGGAUUCUUCCAGAUAGUGAACCAUGGGAUCCCAAGACAGGUCCUCGAACAGAUGAAGGGGGAACAGGAGAAGGUUUUCCGGCAGCCCUUCUGUGUGAAGAGGGCGGGAGGCGGGAAGCUCCUCAACCUGGGAGAGGAGUGCUACCGGUGGGGGAACCCCACGGCCACUUGCCUGAGGCAGAUGUCUUGGUCGGAGGCAUUCCAUAUUCCUAUCAACGAUAUCUCGAGAAUUGAAGACGAGAGCCUCAGGUCGGCAAUUGAGAUCUUCGCAGCGGUUGCAACCAACCUCGCGGAAAAGAUUGUCGAAGUUUUGGCUGCAAAUCUUAGGGCCGAGGGCACUGAUUACUUCCGAGUGAAUUGCACCCGAGACAGCUGCUAUCUUAGGAUGAACAGAUAUCCUCCGUGCCCUAAUUUCUCCUCGGAGGUCUUUGGGCUAAUGCCCCACACUGAUAGUGACUUCCUCGCAAUUGUGUGCCAAGACAGUGUUGGGGGAUUGCAGUUGAUGAAGGAUGAUGGGACUUGGGCCAGUGUUAGCCCUAACCCUAAUGCUCUUGUCAUUAACGUUGGUGACCUUCUGCAGGCAUGGAGCAAUGGUGUGUACAAGAGUGUAAAGCACAGGGUGAUGGCGAGCGCGAAAGAGGAGAGGCACUCGAUGGCAUUCUUCUACUGCCCGAAGAGCAAUACCGUGAUUAAGAGCUGCAUCAACCCUUCCAUCUACCGGAACUUUAGCUUCCUUGAGUACCGACUCCAAGUGCAGAAGGAUGUUAAGGCCACGGGCGACAAGGUCGGCCUUUCUCGGUUCCUCCUCUGAUCGGCCAUCACAAUUAAGACAGCAAUAAUACUGGACAACGAAGAAAAAGAAGAAGAAGAAGAAGAAAUAUUCAUUAUAUACUUGUUGUGAUUGUAUUGCUUUUAAGUGUUAAGUUAAUUAAAGAGAGUAUAGAGUAAUAGCGCACGCUUUCGUAUGAUAAUUAAGAGGUUUGAUGUUUGAGACUCAGUGGUAUUACUUGUGUCCAUUGAUUAGCUAUUAAAAUUCAUAUUUAAUUA